AUGGGUCAAACUCAAAGUGAAGAACAAGAGGAAGUGGAACUUGCAGACAUACAGCCUCUAUACACAGUGUUCAUGAAUGUAUGCCCGAGUGGAGCCCUACAUCUUCACGAAUUCCGCAAGAUCUUUGGAGUUCAGAGCACGUCAGAAGAUGAGGCGUUGUACAUGGAAACAUUAUUCAAAUCAUUUGAUACAAACAGGGAUAAUGUAAUAGACUUUAUGGAAUUUGUAGCAGCCAUCCACCUGGUUUUGAGAGGAAAACUGGAGGACAGAUUGAAGUGGUCUUUUAAAGUCUAUGACAGGGAUGAAAAUGGAAAGUUGGACCGACAAGAGGUCAAGCAUAUUAUAAGGAUCAUUUGCAAACUCAAGAAAAACGAAAUAGACAUGGCACCCAAUGCAAUUUGUGACAGAAUAUUUGAACUUGUGGAUGAAAAUAAAGAUGGUCAAAUAUCCCUGUCAGAGUUCAUGGAAGGUGCACAGAAAGAUGCCUGGAUUAUGGACUUGCUUUCAUUGGACACCAAUGCAUGUAGUUGGUUCAGGAAAAAAUGGGGGAAAAAAACAUGA